GGGCCUCACCAUGGUGACCGGCAAAUCGCAACCGGGCGUCGAGCCGGUCCAACUGCCCGCGACAUCCCCCGAGCCCGUGGGCGCCACCUCCCCACCGUCCAAGCGAGACCUGGCAUCGUGGUGGAGACAGUUCAAACGAAACACAAGAAAAGAUGAGCUGAAAGAACCACCGCGAGGCAUCUUUGGCGUCCCGCUAAACGAAAGCAUCAAGUAUGCGAAUGUGGCAAUCUCCCUCACCAACGAACAUGGCGAGAAUUUCAUAUAUGGAUAUGUCCCGAUUGUCGUGGCCAAGUGUGGCGUCUUUCUUAAAGAAAAAGCUACGGAUGUGGAAGGAAUUUUCCGACUCAAUGGAUCUGCGAAGCGCAUCAAGGAUCUGCAGGAGCUAUUCGACUCCCCCGAACGAUACGGAAAGGGUCUGGACUGGGACGGAUAUACAGUUCACGAUGCGGCGAACGUGUUGCGUCGGUACUUGAACCAGUUGCCGGAGCCUAUUGUCCCACUUGAGUUCUAUGGGCGCUUCCGAGAGCCUUUGCGAGCGUACCAGAAGCAGGUCCAAGCCGAGACUCAGACGACCGAUACAGAGAUGUUCGACCAUGCAAAUGCCGUUAAGACCUACCAGAAUCUAAUCAUCGAGCUACCCCCGUUGAACAAGCAGUUAUUGCUGUACAUUCUGGAUCUCCUUGCGGUUUUCGCCUCCAAGUCAGAACAGAACCGCAUGACUUCGGCCAACCUGUCUGCGAUUUUCCAGCCGGGUAUGCUGUCUCACCCACAACACGAUAUGUCGCCUGAAGAGUACAAGCUCAGCCAGGAUGUCUUGAUCUUCCUAAUUGAGAACCAGGAUCAUUUCUUGGUGGGCAUGAAUGGCACCAAAGCUGAUGAACAGACUAUAAAAGAGGUUCAGGCUGGGGUUCAGCCCAAGAUCAUCAUCCCUACUGCCCAGCCUACCACCGGCACGAAAUCACCUAACUCAACAAUCCGGCGAUCCGCCUCAAGCGCCAGCGGGAGUACAGAGGGUCACCGCAAGAUAGGUUCACUGCGCCGCAAUGCUUCUGUCUCAUCUCGCAAUUCACGGGCGUCGCGUGUAUCUAACACGGUCCCCAGCCCCGGCACUCCUACCUCCAUGUCAGGCAGCAUUCACCGCAGCAAUACCCUUCCUUCCAAAAUGGGCCCUGUCGUUGCCUCUGCACGAUACGCACGGGCAGGUGAGAGCGGGUCGGCCAACCCAUCCACACUCUCAGUUUCCCACGCCAGCUCUCGCUCGGCGAGUCGAGAACCAUCUCUGCGUGAGGAGUCUGAACCGAAGCCAGACCAAAGAAAUGACAGCCAGCCUGCGUCUGCGUCAUCGACCGGUUCAGCCUACGUUCACACCUCCACGCAUGGCCCUAUUCCCCACGCGGCUGCGGCGCGUCUUAGUAUCAGCGACCUUCCUCACCCGCAUGAAAAUCUCGAUACACCAACCUCACCCCCCGUCAACCUCAUGUUUUGCCCCCUCAAGUUGUUACACCAACUCGUGAACGCAAGCUCUCCAGUCUUUUUGCCAAGUCUCCACCUCCAGAUCGCGAUAACAGAGAAGCACGGCAGCCAAAUCGCUUACGCAAGAAGCGAAUUCCAGGAAGUGCAAGCAUCAGUGCACAAAGUUCCACAAAUUCCUUACAUGGACCAUCCUAUGAGCCACCGCUUGAGUCCUCGGAAUCGAGGCUCGGAAGGCCUUGGAGAAGCCACACCGAAACCUCCUAACACCGCAACUCUCAAUAACCCUGAUUGCCCAUCAGAAUCUCACUCUAUGUUGGCUGAGGGCACUGCGCAUCCGAAUCACACCGACACAUCCUUGCGACCGCAUCAAUCACGGACACCAUCCAUGAACUCGAGAUCCUCAUUCACUGAUGCGUCUGACUUAGAACAAAAUGAUGAUGUUAGCCGUGCCGAGCGCCGAGAUAAUCGCCGCAGCUGGCGCUUUAAUCGUUCUGCAAAGCGCAGUAGCGAACAGGUCGGCCUUGGCCUUGCAUCUCCACCUCUUGGGGCCACUCAUCCUGAAUUCCAGCAAAGUACCAGCUCGAUCGGCAGUGGCGCCCAUCAGAGUAACGACCCUUCUAGUCAGCCCCUCAGCUUGGAUGCUGGUAUCCAAGCCAAUUCCGUGUCUAGUGCUGAACCAGAGAAGAAAAGUUUGUUUGGAAAAUUCAAAGCCAAGGUGGCCCAAGUGCGCGAUGGCGGCCAUGAUCGUGAGCGGGUCAAGAGCCCUUACCGCUCCGACAGUGAACCAUCCACGGCCAGCCAACCACUUUCUCCCACGAUUAACCACACAAAUGGCAAUCCAACGAUAGAGGUUCCAAGUGAACUACCAAAGGACGACCCAUUACGCUCCCCAACAUCACCUUUGCCAGGGGCAGGUCUACCGCCUCCAAUUCCUGAAGAACCACAUAGCCCAGAGGUGGCAUCGGCUGCCGCCGUUGUCAAUCCUCCAAUGGAAGAUCCAGCGACAGUUCCAGAGACCACAAAGCCAGAGGGCACCCAUGAACCAGCCCAAGAGACUCCCGCGAAAGAGACAUCCGCUUGA